AUGUACAGCGAAGGAGAUAGAUCGCCUUUUUAUCAAAACUGCGUAAAGAGUUGCCUGAAAGCUAAUUGUACUGAUGGGGGAAGAUCAUUUACACCAAGUGCAGCUAAGCAACUUGAGUUGUCCAGUCAGAUAUUUUUAUGGAACUGUAGAGAUGAAUGCCGUUACCAUUGUAUGUGGCGUACAGUGCAGGGCUUUCAAGAAAGGGGUUACCAAAUACCAAAGUUUCAUGGCAAGUGGCCGUUUAAAAGAAUUCUGGGCGUGCAAGAGCCGGCGUCGGCAUUCUCUUCGCUUUUGAACUUAGCAGCACAUGUCUACAUGCAUGCCGAGAUGACUCGGCAGUUCCCUGUGGACCGCACUCCGAUAGUACUCUUUUGGCAUUUCUUUGCUGCAGUAUGCAUGAAUGCAUGGAUUUGGUCCAUUAUUUUCCACACCAGAGACAACCCCUUCACCGAGUUCAUGGACUAUGCUUGUGCGCUCUCUAUGGUUAUGAUUUUGUUUGUAGCUGCUAUUGUCAGAGUUUUCCAUAAAAGAAGGAAAACUGUAGCUGUGAUUCUAGUUUUAUCAGUCUUGUACUACGUGGAACAUGUGCGCUACCUGUAUUCCGAGAGUGUGGACUAUGAUUACAACAUGGUCGUGAAUAUAUUCUUUGGAGUGGCGGGCUGCGGGGUGUGGGCGCUGUGGGCGGGCGCGCAGGUCGCUGCGGGGCGUAGCUACGCGUGGCGCGCGCUGGCCUUCGUGGCUGGGUCGGGCGCCGCGCUGGCGCUCGAGCUGCUGGACUUCCCGCCGCACCUCCACGCCUGGGACGCGCACGCGCUCUGGCACCUGGCCACUGCACCACUUGUCCCGCUCUUCUACAGAUUUGUGAUAGACGACUUGAAAUACACACAAAAAGCACAGGGAAGCGGAAAGAAUGAUUAUAAAUUGACAUAA